CAGAGCCGGUGCGUCACCCCUCUCCCUCCGACCGGGAAACAAAUUCCUGACCCGGAACCGACAACGGCGACGAAAAGGAGAGAACAGUCAGAUGGCAGCUCACAUCUGCGGCACGAAGGAACUCACUUUGCAAUAAUGCCGUUUACUGCAUAUGAAAUGAAUUAGAUUCCAGUUUGCUGGGAAUCUAAAUACAGGAGUUGGAAAUUUGUCUUAUAGCUGACUUGAUGAACUCACUUGUUGAUUAUGAUGAUUCAGAUUCUGAAUCAGAGGCUGAGAAGUCUGAAGAUGCUGCCAUUAGUGAAACAAAUCUGACAGAUUCUGCAGAGAGUGCUGUUCAGUACUGUAGUGAACUAUAUACAGUUUGCGAGAAUAAAGCCCUUUGUAUGGAAGGAACUGACAGCUCCAGAAGGAACAUCUGUCAUGAAGAUAUUCUUCUACAGAAUCUACAGAGCAAUAAAAAGCUGCGGAUAACAGAUUAUCCCAGGAAAUUUUAUCCUGUUGAUUUGAAAAUAACUAAGAAUCAUAAACAACCAGGAACCUCUUUACUGGAACCUAAUGUGCUUUUUGGGAAUGAGAGCUUUUCACCAAAGAGGACCCAUGAUGACAGUGAUGUUCCUAUACAGGGGCUGAGACCAUAUAUCCCUAAAAGAAUGAGACAAAGCAAUAAUUCAGUUCCUCAUGAAGAUGAAGACUGUAGAGAGGGCGCAAGUUGUGCAACCAAAAUGGAGACAGCAGGAGAUAGAAUGUCCAUUCAAGUUUCCCAGUAUUUGAUGUCAUAUUUAGGAUCCAAAUAUGGAGUUAGUGAAAUUCCAAAGAAUCUGGUGUUUCAGAUGUCUGAACACAGUGGUCCAGUUAAUGCAGUCCAAUGGUGCCCUCUGCAGAAGUGGAGCCAUAUGUUGCUUUCUGUGUCUAUGGAUAAAACUGUCAAGGUUUGGGAUGCUGUGGAUCAAGGUUGUUGUUUAAAAACAUACCAUCACCACACUGGUGCCGUCCGAGCUGUUCAGUGGUCUCCAUGUGGAAGCCGUUUUAUCACUGGAGGCUUUGACAAUAUGCUUCAUGCUAUAGACAUUGAAACAGGAACACAACUUUUUAGCAGUAGGAAUGGAUUUCGGAUCAGCACUCUGAAGAUUCACCCUCUCGAUCAAAAUGUUUUUAUUUGUGGAGGAUUCAGUCCAGAAAUUAAAGCCUGGGAUAUGAGGUCUUCUAAGAUAAUAAAAGUCUACAAAGCUGCAGUACAGCAGACCUUGGAUAUCAUGUUCCUCCCAGGAGGAGGAGAAUUUCUUACCAGCACUGAUGCAGUAAGCCAAGAUUCAGCGGACCGUACCAUCAUUGCAUGGGACUUCCACACAGCUGCGAAGGUCUCCAAUCAAAUCUUUCAUGAGCGUUAUACCUGCCCCAGUCUUGCACCUCAUCCUAAGGAACCUAUCUUUGUUGCUCAGACCAAUGGGAAUUACAUGGCCUUGUUUUCUAGCCUUCGACCAUACAGAAUCAACAAAAAGAAGAGAUAUGAAGGGCACAAGGUUGAAGGAUUUGCAGUAGGCUGUGAGUUUUCUCCAGAUGGAAUGCUUCUUGUGUCCGGAAGUUCAGAUGGCAAAGUGUUUUUCUACAAUUAUCGCACCUCUCGAAUCCUUGGCACCUUGUCUGGGCACAGUCAAGCCUGUGUGAGUGCAACAUUUCAUCCAGUCCUUCCAUCACUCCUUGCUACAUGUGGCUGGGAUGGAGCAGUCAAGAUCUGGCAGUAAUAAUCGUGCUUAUUUUCAAGUGGGUUGUUUACAUAAGAAAUGGGUUUUCAGUUUCAUAACUAAUUUUGCUUUUUAUUUUUUAUAUUUUCUUCUAUUUUCCCCUUGGAAAUCCUUGGGAGUGAUAUGUGUUUUGAAAUUCCCCUUUACCAUAUGUAUGGUUCAAGAGUAAUUUAUUCUGUGGCUAUAUCAUACAGUUGCCUCAUUUACCUUGCUUCUUUGCUCCCACAUCAUUGAAUUGUGUCAAUUUGUCACUAAGUCUCCUUGAUGGUCAGCACAACUCUGCCUUGCUAACAGACUGCUCCUAAGUCAGGGUGGGCAGUGGUGUAGGGGAAAGGUGCCAGUCUUCAUCUCUUCCCCCUCUGCGGACCAUACUACAACCAUUUCGAUCACUGGUAUUACUCAGUUUGUAGGAGGGAGCUUUAUAUGUACAAAGUUCUCAUGCACUUUGGUGCUGUUUGCAUGAAAUAAUGCACCCAAAUAAGCAAAUAAUAUUAAUGAUAAACAAUUGGGGGCUGGACGUAAACUACCAAGGGAGUUCAUAGAACACAAUCAUGGGGUUUAGAGGCCAUUCUUCCAUCAAGUAUUUUUCUGUGUCUAACUGCCUCACAGUUCCUGUUUCAGAUAAUUAAGGAAAGAUGUGUUAGUUUAAAAAAAGGAUGCCUGGCUGACUUGUAGUUCCAUGUCUCACUAGAGACACCUGCUAUGACUUAGUUCCUAUGGAAUGCACAACACCUGCCAUUAGAAGUGUUUGAAAGGGAUUAUUUAGGAUUAUUUGGAAGCCUACAAAUUUGACCCACUUCAGAUUUAAACCUUGACAAAUCUUUGGUCAAAAUAGAGACUAAAGACACAAUUUGUUGUAUCACUUUGCUACAUUAGCUCUUUAGACCAGUGUUUCCCAAACUUUGGCUUUUUAGAUGUUUGGGAUUUCAACUCCUAGAAGUCUCCGCUGCCUUGGCCAAUGAUAAGGGAUUCUAAGAGAGUCCCAAACACCUGGAAGACAAGAAUUUGGGAAUGACUGCAUUAGAACAUCUUGCUUUAAAACUGGUUUUCCAGUUUUACCACUCUGUGAUGGAAUCCUUUUAAGAGUUUCCAUUUUGUUUGGGUAUUUGGCUAAGUCACAUUAAGAUGGUUAGCACUAUGACUGAUGCAACCUUGAAGGAUUUUUUGAUACAGCAUAACAUGAUCAGGAAUGAUUUUGAAACCAUUGUGGCAGUGUGAAACCUGUAGAAUAUGGAGGUAUAUGGAAUAUUUUUUUUACAUUUAAUGAGUUAUAAUAAAAGCUUACAUAACUUGAAAACAAGUCACUUACUUUUAAUGGAAAUAUAGUUUGAGGUGAGCAGAAGGGAGUCAUCACCAUCUGCACUACACCCAUCUCUUGAAGAUAGUGCUGCCCUUUGAAUAUUCACAUGGCAGUCCUGUCCUUGGGAGGUGGGGAUAUAGUGGCAGUGAUCCUGCCCCUCUUCCCAAAGGUGUGACUGCCCUGUGGAUAUUCACUCAGGAGAUGAGUGAUGGGUGAUAUCACCAUCUGUGCCACCUCCCUAAGAUGGAGCUUCCCUGUGAAUGACCACAAAGCAGUCAUUUCCUCCUGAGGUGGGAGUAAUGAUCACUGUCUACCCCAUCCAAAGGUGUGAUUGCUCUGUGGACAUUCACAUAACAGCCCUGUCUUCCAGAGUUGAGCGGCCCAUCCAUGCCAUCUCCCUAAGAUGGAGCUGCCCUAUGAACCAUGGCACGGCAGUCACAUAUUCAGGGUGUAGUUAUAGAGCAUACAGCAAUGACUCAACUUCCCCUCCUGCUGCUCACCUCCUGAGGGUGGGACUGCUACGUGAAUGUUCACAGGACAGCCUCUAUAUACAUGAGCGGGCAGUGAUUCCGCAGCUCCCGCACCUCCUGGGGACCUGGCUGCCUCGUGAAUAUUCACAAUACAUUCCCAACUUCAAAAGGUAGGUUCUGAAGUACAAGCUCACAAAUACAACUGCAAGUAUAAAACCCACAAAUGUGCAGGGCCAACUGUAUUUUAUCUUUCUGUGAUCAAGCACAUGUGUUCCAAUUUUUUUUUGGCACACACACAGUACAGUAUAGAUUAUACAGAAGAGAAAUGCUGUACUGGUGCAAUUAUUGCAGGGCUAAACCUCUGCUGUUUGAAGGAAUAGGUAGAAAUGCUGCCUCCCUGGUGCUGAUUGCUGUAGUGGUAGUGACACUCAGUGAUUUAAGAGUCUCUUCAGUCCAAUAUCCUGAUGCAUACUGGGAACCAUUAAUCAAGCAACCUUGAUUUUGUUUCAUGUUACGUUGCAUUAUCUUAUUUUUAGGAAGGCUCACCCUCUUUUUUUAUACCUAAAAUGGGAAACAGUUAGCUUUCAGACGUUGCUAGAUGGCAGUUCUCACACAUUCUUGCCAGCACAGCCAAUGAUGAGGAAUUAUGGGAGUUCUAGUCCAACUACAUAUUCCCAUUCCCAUUUUAAACAUUCUUGAUUUAGGAAGGCUUCUUGUCACGAUGAGUGCAGACCUUUGUUGCAUGGGAAUAUGAUAUUUAUAUAGCUGGGGAUUCGAUCAGGUGAUCCUUGUGGUCUCUUCCAUCUCUGUGAUUCUAUUGUGGAAGCUCAGGAACUUGACGAGAUGUAUCAUUCACUUCUUACACUGGAAAAACAUUGAACUUGUACAUAUUUAUGUUAAAAUGUAUAAAAGAUGUCAGUGUAAAGGUUGUAUAAAUCUGUUUUGUAGCGUUUAAAUUAUAAACUAAAUAAAAUUAUUUUACCCCUGUUCA